CCAUCCCCCGCCCCUAUGACCAACAUGAGCUGGAGCUUCCUGACGCGGCUGCUGGAAGAGAUCCACAACCACUCCACGUUCGUGGGCAAGGUAUGGCUCACGGUGCUGGUGGUCUUCCGCAUCGUGCUCACGGCGGUAGGCGGUGAGUCCAUCUACUCCGACGAGCAGACCAAGUUCACGUGCAACACACGGCAGCCGGGCUGCGACAACGUCUGCUACGACGCCUUUGCACCCCUGUCCCACGUGCGCUUCUGGGUUUUCCAGAUUGUGGUCAUCUCCACGCCCUCCGUAAUGUACCUGGGCUAUGCCGUGCACCGCCUGGCCCGCGCCUCACAGGACGAGCGCCGCCGUGCCUCUCGCCGCCGACCAGGCCGCCUCGCGCCCCGCGCACCCCUGCCGUUGCCCCCACCGCCCCACCCGGGCUGGCCCGAGCCCGCAGACCUGGGCGAAGAGGAGCCCAUGCUGGGCCUGGGUGAAGAGGACGAGGAGCCGGGGGCGGCCGAGGGCCUGGGCGAAGAUGAUGAGGCUGAGGACGCGGGUGCAGCCAAGGGCGCAGGAGGGGACCCAAAGGCGACUGGGGUCCCAGGCCCGGCAGGUCAGCAUGACGGGCGGCGGCGCAUCCAGCGCGAGGGCCUAAUGCGUGUGUACGUCGCCCAGCUGGUGGCGCGGGCCGCCUUCGAGGUGGCCUUCCUGGUGGGCCAGUACCUGCUGUAUGGUUUCGAGGUGCGGCCCUUCUUCGCGUGCAGCCGCCAGCCCUGCCCGCACGUGGUCGACUGCUUCGUGUCACGACCCACUGAGAAGACAGUCUUCCUGCUGGUCAUGUACGUGGUCAGCUGCCUCUGCCUGGUGCUCAACCUCUGUGAGAUGGCGCACCUGGGCCUGGGCAGCGCGCAAGACGCUGUGCGCAGCCGCCGCCCCCUGCCCACCACCCCUGGCCCCAUGCCUCGCCAGCAGCCCUGUGCUCUGCCCGCCGCGCCUUCGGGCCUGGCCUGCCCGCCAGACUACAGCCUGGUGGUGCGCGCGGCUGAGCGCGCACGCACCCACGAUCAGGACCUGGCCAACCUGGCACUGCAGGCGCUGCAGGACCGGCGGUCGCUUGGGGACCUCGACAGCCCACCAGGCCCUGGCCUUCCGGCAACCGCCCGGGGGCCCCCGAGGGCCGGCGCCCCUGCCUCCGGGUCGGGCAGCGCCACGUCGGGGGGCACUGCCGGGGGCCAGGGCCGGCCAGGGGCCAAACCCAGGAUGGGCUCUGAGAAGGGCAGUGGGAGCAGCAGCAGGGAGGGUAAGACCACCGUGUGGAUCUGA